GUGAGGUAGUCUACAUGAAACAAAGACUUCUAUUUAAUCCUGGAGUUGAUAUUCUUCAGUCACAUAGAAUAAGAACUAUAUGAGUUGCUUGCACAUAUUACACAGCCUAAAUAAAAAGAAAAGUGUGGGGACCGCUUUUUAAAUUCAGUUGAUUCAAUUUAAACAAUGCCAACGACAUUCAACUCUCUGUGUCUAUUUUUGAUAAAUGACCGAACUGGUUUUUUUUUUUUUUCAAACCGCUAAAGCAAUGGCCCUAAAAGUCUCUUGGCAAGGCUGUCCAACUGCACGGUUUCCUCUGUUGUACACAACAAUGAACUGGGAUAUUUGAAAGAACACAGAUGCACCACCGAUGAACUACGAGCCACCAAUCAUUUGUAGUCUGUACCCGAAGCGGCUGUUGAAUCCCUCCUCUUCUUCCCACCUCUUCAAAUUCAUUGGCUGCCGGAGGAGUAGCGACAAUGUUUAAUGCACCAUGCGGUGUCCGGAGUUCAGUCAGUGAGAGGAAGCGUUCAAUGUGCUUAGGACUGGUUUACGUGCGGGAAAUACUAAAUAACGACAGUGCGUACAUAUUCAAGAAAACCAACCCCCUAUUUUCCUGACAGCUACGGAGGGACUUGUGGCAGAAUGCGGGGUUGUUGCUGACCACCUCCUCAGCAGCUGUCUCUCUCUCUCUGUAGGCUAUGUGUGGACUUUGACGGGGGACGCGGACAAGGACAAAACGCCACACCGGGAUUCAGUCUCUCAGCGCUGUUUCGGACAAGGAGGAAAAACACCCACCGCUCUUUAAAAAAAAAAAAAAAAAAAAUACCAAACUUUGGAUCUACCUUCCUACACGUCUGGAUUUUUCUCCUUCCUCUUCUCCGAACAGUUUUCCUUCCUGAUGAACGGUGACUCACUGCAGGCAGAAGGCGAGCCGCUGCAUCCUAAUCAGACAGCGGAGAGGACUUCAGCUCAUUGACAUUACAGUCAUACUUUUCUGGAGCACUUUUUUUUUUUUUAUUUAUUUCCACUGCGCUGCACUGUAGCCUGCGCGUGCAUCUGAGGCUUGUGGCUUUUCCCCUCCGCACACAGAGGGGGAAAGAGGAUACGGGUGGUACCUUUUACUGAAGUGUUAGAGGGAUGAAACUCUCCUUGAACCCUUCUGGAACUGACUAUUUCAUUUUUACUGUUAUAUUUUCUGGACUAUUACAUCGGCUUCUUUUGGUGGUACGAGUGAGCACUUAACAAUGACGAUUCUGUUUGGGGACUGGAUCGCAAUUAUUGCUCAGAUGAGCCUGGGCGCUCAGCUGAAUAUAAAUUAGGUGUUCAGCUCCACAGAUUGCUGGAAGAGGCAGAGGAAGAGGGAGACAGAGCAAAGACAAUCCACAAAGACAAAUGCCAAGGCCUCACAUGAUGAACAGAACUCUUUCUUUGAUCCUGAAUAAUAGAAAUACCAAAUUUGAAGAAAAUAUCAACAGGUCAAGGGAGGAAUAAACAGGACACAUAAAAGCAACUUUUACAGAGUGGGGAUGUAUCUUUCUAUUUUCUUUUUCCUACUCUUAUGGGCUCAAGCCCUGACAUUGAAAAACUUGAAUUACUCUGUCCCGGAGGAACAGGGUCCGGGGACAGUGAUUGGGAACAUUGCCAAAGAUGCCAGACUUGGACUGGAACAGGUUGGGCAGGCAGGACAGGGUAAAAAAGCCAACUUCAGGGUGCUGGAAAACUCGGCUCCGCAUCUCAUUGACGUAGACCCCCAGAGCGGACUGUUGUACACAAAGCAGCGCAUCGACAGGGAAACCUUGUGUAAGAGAAACCCCAAGUGCCAGCUGUCCAUGGAGGUGUUUGCCAAUGACAAGGAGAUAUGCAUGAUCAAAAUAGAUAUUCAGGACAUUAAUGACAACUCACCAACUUUCCCCUCGGAUCAGAUUGAUAUUGACAUUUCUGAAAAUGCAGUGCCAGGGACACGCUUUCCCCUGACCAGUGCGCAUGACCCAGAUGCAGGAGAAAACGGCCUGAAAACGUAUCAAAUAACACGCGAUGACUACAAUCUCUUCUCCUUGGAGGUAAAAUCCCGUGGUGACGGGACCAAAUUCCCAGAAUUAGUUAUUCAAAGACCAUUGGACCGAGAAGAACGAAGCCAUCACACCCUAAUUUUGUCAGCCACUGAUGGAGGGGAAUAUCCUAGGUCAGGUACCAUGCAGAUAAAUGUCAAAGUUAUUGAUUCCAAUGAUAACAGCCCUGUGUUUGAUCAGCCCUCAUAUGUUGUAGAAAUCCCUGAAAAUUCCGCUCCUGGUAAAGUCCUGAUUGAUUUAAACGCUACAGAUCCUGAUGAGGGAAACAAUGGACAAGUAGUUUAUUCUUUUAGUGGCUAUGCCCCAGAGAGAAUCAGGGAGCUCUUCUCCAUAGAUUCAAGGACAGGGGUCAUUAAGAUUCAGGGCGAAAUUGACUAUGAAGAGAGCCCAGUUAUUGAGAUUGACGUCCAGGCAAAGGAUCUGGGUCCCAAUCCAAUCCCAGGCCAUUGUAAAGUCACUGUUAAAGUGCUUGACAGGAAUGAUAACUGGCCAUCUAUAAGCUUUGUGUCAGUGAGACAGGGAGCCAUCAGCGAGGCAGCACCUCCAGGCACUGUCAUUGCUCUGGUCCGUGUCACAGACAAGGACUCAGGCAGGAAUGGGCAGCUUCAGUGCAGAGUGUUGGGUAAUGUCCCCUUUAAACUUGAGGAGAACUAUGUUAACUUCUAUACAGUGGUGACAGACAGACCCUUAGACAGAGAGGCACAGGAUGAGUACAACGUCACCAUUGUGGCCAAAGACAAUGGAAUUCCUCCUCUCAAUUCCACAAAAUCCUUCACAGUAAAGAUCCUCGAUGAGAAUGAUAACGUUCCUCGCUUUACCAAGUCAGUUUAUCUUCUUCAGAUUCCUGAGAACAACAUUCCUGGGGAGUAUCUAGGUUCAGUUCUGGCACAUGAUCCUGACCUUGGCCAGAACGGCACAGUGUACUACAGCAUAGUUAACUCCAACGUGAGUGGGGGUGAUGUCAACACCUAUGUAAAUGUUAACGCUGCAAAUGGAGCCAUCUAUGCCGUGAGAUCUUUCAACUACGAGCAAAUAAAGUAUUUCGACUUCAAGGUUCUUGCUAAAGAUAACGGAUCUCCACACCUGGAGAGCAAUGCUACAGUGCGCAUCAGUGUUCUAGAUGUCAAUGACAACAUCCCUGUCAUCGUUCUGCCGCUACUCCUGAAUGACACAGCUGAAAUCCAUGUGCCCCGCAAUGUUGGAGUUGGCUACAUUCUCACCACAGUGAGGGCGGUUGAUAAUGACUAUGGAGAGAGUGGGAGGCUCACCUAUGAGAUCUCGGAUGGCAAUGAGGAGCAUCUCUUUGAGAUUGAUCCAGUGACGGGGGAAGUGCGCACAGCCCACCCAUUCUGGGAUGAUGUGAACCCGAUUGUGGAGUUGAUCAUCCGAGUGUCAGACCACGGCAAGCCAACUCUCACCGCUGCCGCCAGGCUCAUAAUAAAGGCCUCAGAUGGACGUCCUCCUGAUGGACUGCCGCGCACAAAGGACAAUCAGAACUGGGACAUGUCCCUUCCUCUUAUUGUAACUCUCAGUAUCAUAUCAAUCAUGCUUCUGGCUGCCAUGGUGACCAUAGCAAUCAAGUGCAAGCAGGAAAACAAGGAGAUCCGAACGUAUAAUUGUCGCAUUGCAGAGUACUCGCACCCUCAGCUGGGAAAAGGAAAGAAGAAGAAGAUUAACAAGAACGACAUCAUGCUGGUGCAGAGCGAGGUGGAGGAGCGGGAUGCCAUGAAUGUGAUGAAUGUGGUAAGCAGCCCUUCCUUGGCCACCUCUCCCAUGUACUUUGACUACCAGACACGCCUGCCACUCAGCUCACCAAGGUCAGAGGUCAUGUACCUCAAGCCCACUGCCAAUAACCUCAGCGUGCCCCAAGGCCACGUGGGAUGCCACACCAGCUUCACAGGCCCAGUCACCAGCACUACAGACACACCUACUAACCGCAUGUCCAUCAUACAGACGGACAAUUUCCCCACUGAGCCUAAUUAUAUGGGUAGCAGACAACAGUUUGUUCAAAGUUCAACAUUCAAAGACCCAGAGCGAGCCAGCCUCAGAGACAGCGGCCACGGGGACAGCGACCAGGCUGACAGCGACCAAGACACCAACAAAGGCUCCUGCUGCGACAUGUCCGCAAAAGAAGCCCUCAAGUUAAAGGCUACGGGUGUGAAACCCCCGCCUCUGGAGCAAGAUGAGGAUUGUGUGAACUGUACAGAGGAGUGCCGAGUUCUGGGUCAUUCCGACCGCUGCUGGAUGCCCCAAUUCCCCGCUGGAGGAAACCAGGCAGAGGGCGUUGACUACCGCAACAAUAUGUUUGUACCAGCAGGGAUGGAGACUGUGCCUGAGACAGAAACCUAUGAGACGGUCAACCCAAACGGCAAAAAGACAUUCUGUACAUUUGGAAAAGAGAGGCGCGAUCACACCAUCCUGGUCGCCAAUGUCAAGCCCUACUUGAAGGCGAAACGUGCCCUCAGUCCACUGCUCCAGGAGAUUCCCUCAGUCUCGAGCAGUCCUACUAAAGGCUGCUCCACCAUGUCUCCCUGUUCCUCCAUGAAAAGCCCAGCCGACGGAGCUGAAGGCAAACCUCCCCCCGCCACCUGCUCCGGUCACUACGGCCCUCCUGAUGGUCAGUACCUUUCACCAACCAAACAAAGCAGAGACCAGGGGGUCUACCCACCCUUGCCUCCCUCAGAUCCAGUAGCCAAGGUGCUGGCAGAGGCUCGCUCCAGGAUAAGCCAAGAGGCAACAGGUGAAAUGGAGUGCGUCCUGGAGCAGGUGGAGCCUGGGAACGUAAACCGUGACAGAAUGGACGCUGACCAGGUGGUGAGAGACAUCGACAAACUAUUGCAGGACUGCAGAGGAAGUGAGGCCACCGGCACACUCAGGAAGUGACACAAAGGACUCAAAAAAAAAAAAAAAAACGUGGGGAGGAAGAGAGAGGAAUAGAAUGCUGUUCCAAAAACUCUCAUGCCAAAACUUUCACCAAAACAAAUCAGAAAGGUUAAAUGGCUCUUGUGACGAGGAGCUCUUUUCACUGCAUUUGUUGUUGAGAAGUACCGACACAGGACAGACAAUGCGAACAUUUUUAAUGUCAGAGAUUUUGCACCAGUUUAGGUGCUGAGAUCCUUACAAACAUGAAAGGAACUUGAUACAGAACACCUGGAUUCUACUGAAUUUAUAAACUCUUUGUUUUGGAUUCUUUCGCAAAUUGCAGAGGCUUAUUCCUCUGGCACCUCGCAAACUAUUAUCUAAGUGCCCACCAGCUCAUAAGUGUGUUGUUCAUGGUCUCUCGUGAAACCCUACAUAUCUAAGUGUGUGUAGGAGGAUUUCUGUUAUGUGUGAUGGCCAUAGAAACUGAACGGAAAAGGACUUUUAAUGGUCAGACACGACAAUCGAACAGAGAAACAAAUUCUAAUCUAUUUCGGAUGGUGAAAACACGACACAACCUUAUCUUUCCUGACUUUAAUGUAGGUCAUAUAUAACACGUGACAGAUCCUGUAUCUGAAUAUGAGGAGAUUGGUCGUUCAGGGGAGGCACUCGCUCGGGUUGGUUGUGGACUUUGGGUUGAAGGGGCUUAAACGCUACGCUUGAAGGAGAAUUAUUAACAGUGUAACCAUUGUUUCACCUGUCAUUUGUAGCCACAUGUGUAAGUUGUGUCUGUCUCACGCCUCUAUUUAAACAUUCAUGUUGCUGACACGCACCAAUUUUACACAUGUGCACUACGCUUUGCACAUACAUGUGCGGAUACACUCACAUGCACUGAUACUACAGACACACACACAAACACACACACACACACACACACACACACACACACACUAAUGCUUAAACACAAGUGGCCAUCUGUGUAAUUGUCUUCUACAUGAACAUCAUCAGCUUCAGUCCCUUGUGUACAGUGAAUAAUCAUGUGUGUGACUCUGCCUUCGGCAAUCACAAGUUGUAUAAAAAGGGACAUUUUUCUCAACUGUGAAAAAAUGAUAUCUAUAUGAUUAUAUAGAUGAUUAUAUGUAUGAAUCCAUGUAUAGUGUCCAAAUAUAAACUGAGUAUUUAUACAUUUUUUAAGAAAAAAAGAAAUUGAGGAAUCUCAGCAAAAAAGUGUCCUCAAGGAAAGGUCAAGAGCGGGGUAUAAACUCAAAGAACUGCAAAGGACACUGCCAUUGUUUCGAAGUACCCAAAAAUAUAAACAAACGACAAAAUGUCCCUUCACAUUAUCACUAUACAUACUAUCAUUAUAUGUGUAAAUGUAUCCAAUUUAGAUGUGUUUACAUAAAAAAGUUGACAUAUUUUUAUUGAUUUUACUGCAAUUUCUGUGCAUUUGAGCCAAAUUGUUAUGUGUACAAAAGCUAUAUUGUGUAUUUUAUUAAAUUAAUAUAUAGUUGUGUUGCAAUAUACAUGGGCUUAUAUUGUAUUUGGCAAAAGUUGCCUUAGUAGCUGUCGAACUCUGUGAGUUUGCUUUAGUUUGGGUUUUUGUUGUUUUUUUUUUUUUCUCUUCUCUAUUCUGCAUCUUUGCAGGCUGGCUUCAGUGCUUUUGAGAUGUCGCCUCUUUUUACCCUGAGAUCCAGCUGGAUCAAAUAUAGUAACUGUUAAAAGCUUAAUGAGCCAGCUGAUCUAGAAUACAAUUCAAAAAAACCGACAACAAAAAGCAACAACCACAAGGGAAAAAAAACAGUUUGAAUAUUUUUACUGAGCAAGAUUUUUACAGGGCAGCUAUUUUUUUUUUCCCACAAUAACUAGGAUGCGGAUUUUCUGUUCAUUAUGUUUUUACUUUCUUUCCAAAAAAAAAAGAAAAAAAAAGAAACCUGCCAUAUGGAAGGUGGAGUGGUUUCCUUGGUGAUCAUAAAACUGCCUUACUGUCUCUGCGGAGAGCUUGUUGUAUCUGUGGAGCUUGUGACUGCUUCUAAAGCCCUGGUCCACCAGAAUGUGCAUUUUCUAUAAAGGACCAAAAGAGGUUCUUUUUCAGCAGUCUGUGUCCUUUAUGUAUGUACUCCUCGAUACAUGUUAGAAUUCUCAUUCUUUGCAGAGAAACUUGACAUCUGAAAUUCUAUCUGAAGUUACUUUUGGAUUUGAUGUCUUAGCUGUUUAGGUACACGGUUUAUAUAUAACCAAGUGUCUUCACAUUCAGGCUUUCUUAAACAAUAAAAAAAUAAUACAGACAUUUAUUUUUGAAAUUUUUGGCACAUUUCGGCCACUCUCUGAAAUAAGUAUGGGAGGUGCUUUUUCUAAUAUUCUCUGUGCGUUAAAUGAGCAGAACAGUAGGCUAUUAGACUAGAUGUGUUCUGGGUGAAGAUGACCACAAUCACCAAAUCUAUGGAAGAUGCAGCCAUGAGAGGGAACAGUGACUUACAUUCAUACACCUCCUGGUGUACUAAGUGUUUUUGUGUAUUUUCUGAGUUGGUAUCUUGACGGCAGAGACAGCACAACCUCCAAACUUGGCACAUCUGAGCAUUUUGGUAUUUCUGCUCUUGCUUUAUUUUCCUAAUUGAGUCACGUGUUUGGACAUCCUCCUGUCAUUCUUCCAUCCUGCUGUAUCUUUUGCCUCCUUGCCAUCGUUUCUUUGAUUUCACUUUUCAUUUGCUUACUUUUCUCUGCAGCUGUUUGCAUUGUCGCCUCUGAGGAGCAAAGUAACUGUUAGCUUUUUUUCCCCUCUCUUUCGUCUAUAAAGUAUUUGGUUUCAGUUUACCCUUGCUCUUUCUUUUUCCAUUUGGAGGUGACAGAAGCUGUUUUUUUUAGAGAAGACUUGAUUAAGGAGGAAAAUGCUCAUGGGUAUUUAAAAAAAGAUUAUUUGUCAGUGAUCUCCCUCAAAUAUCUGGAUUGAUCAGACAAGCCCGUUGCUAACAUCUUCUGGUUUAAAUGGGCUGUUCAAAGUGCAUGCUGCAAAUGUGAUCCUAACAAAACUGCUGCUUUGCACACACCCACACACACACACAAAUAACCCGGGCACUCCAGCAGCACACUGCCUUUCAUUUAAAUGCAUAGCUCCUUAAAGGUAAAACGAAGGCUGAAAGAGAGGGCAAAACACCACCCAGACAAAUGUGACACUUUCACACUUGUGUUCAUGCUUUAUUUUUCUUUUAUCUCAUUGUGCUUGGCCUUCACGCUGGAUCAAGCAUUCUCUCCUCUGCGAUUGUAUGUGUGUGUGUGUGUGUGUGUGUGUGUGUGUGUGUGUGUAUAUGUGUGUGUGUGUGAGGAUGUGAGAAUGUACAAGUUGAUUUCCUUUCCAUGUCGACAAAACAAUUCCUUUCUUCUUAUUUAAUUUAUUUUAUCUGUGUGCAAAAGAUUUAAUUCCAACUCCAAGUAAACCUCUCUUGCUGCGCUCCGGCAUUCAUUUGGGCAUUAUUUCAGACAAAGUGCAAAGGUCACCCCCAGGAUUGUGUCUGUUGCUCAGUCUGGCUGCCACAAACAGUCACUAUCACUUCUAAAGUGCUGUCCCCUCUAAUGGCGUUCUACUGGCUCGGCCGCAGUCUGUACACUCACGACCUGUGGGCAUGAAAUGAGCCUGGUCCAGUGGAUGCAAGGUUCUCUUUAAAGCCAUGGCCCCUCUCUCAGGCUAUUUUCUGUCUAACAGAGCAGAGCACGUGGCUGCUGAGGUCAACUCAUAGUUGGAGAUUGAGCGUAAUGUAAGGCCUCUCAUUAUUGACUAAUUACGGCCUGUUGGCAACAAAGACUGUUGGCAGUGCAUUACUCAGAUCUAGAGUGGGUUCUUUUAGCCCACUUCAGACUGUUGAUUUUACCAAGUGAUUAGAACAGGGCCUCGUUGAAUGUGGCUAAGCGCCUCUGGUCUCUGACUCACACUGAUGCAGGUGCACGCAGACUCAGACGGCAACUGCUUCACACACAAACGCUGAGACGACAUGCCAUUUUGGUUAGUUAAAUAAGCACCCAAUGUUUGUCAGUGUCCUCCCCUCACUCAACCCUCCCCACCCCCACCCCCCUUUCCUCCCUCUGCCCCCAAAGCCCACACUGAUAGCAUAGGGCUCCACGCUAUAACGGGCAUCUGGUGCAAAAAAGAAAGAUCACCAGAGACAUUCAUUUGUAUGGAUUAUUUCAACUGCUAUUGUCUAAAGGCUGUGUUCAUUGUGAUCUAUCUGAAAAAAAAAGAUGAAAAGAUCAAAUAAAAAAAACAAUUACUAAUAAUGUU